GGAAGAUGACUCGCCCACCUUGUCCAACACCCAACACCUAGACAUUCGAUCAGAGAUCGCAGCAAUGGCAUCACAAGACACGUUCCGCAAGGCCAAGCUAUGGGGUGGCCGCUUCGAGUCGCAGACUGACCCUUUGAUGCACAAAUUCAACGAGUCCCUCUCCUACGACCGCGUCCUAUGGAAGCAUGAUAUCCGUGGCUCCAUCGCCUAUGCCAAUGCGCAAGUAGCAACCAAGAUCCUCACUCCCUCCGAGCGGGACCAGAUCAUCUCGGGAUUGCAGCAGGUCGCAAAGGAGUGGGAGGCGGGCACAUUCGUCCCCGCUCCCGACGACGAGGACAUCCAUACUGCCAAUGAGCGUAGAUUGACAGAGCUGAUUGGACCUGUGGCAGGGAAGCUGCACACCGGUAGAAGCAGGAACGAUCAAGUUGCGACGGAUGUGAGAUUGUAUGUCGAGGAGGAGACAAAGAAGAUCGAGGAGAUCCUCGUCGACUUGAUCCAGGUGAUGACUGCCAGGGCAAAGGUCGAGGUUGACGCAGUGAUGCCGGGCUACACCCACCUGCAACGCGCCCAGCCUAUCCGUUGGUCGCACUUUCUCCUUUCCCAUGCCUCCUCCCUCCUCACCGACCUCUCUCGUCUCCGUGACAUGCGUCCACGCAUCUCUGUCCUGCCCCUCGGCUCAGGACCAUUGGCGGGCAAUCCCUUCUCAGGAUUGGACCGCCAGGCUAUGGCCAAUGAGCUCGGAUUCAAGACCGUAGGCAUGAACUCGAUGCACAGCGUCUCCGACCGUGACUUCAUUGUUGAGUUCCUCUUCUGGGCAAGCCUCACGAUGAUCCAUAUCAGUAAGCUGGCGGAGGACCUCAUCAUCUACUCGACGAGCGAGUUUGGGUUUGUGCAGUUGAGUGAUGCGUACAGCACCGGCUCUUCCAUCAUGCCACAGAAGAAGAACCCUGACUCUCUUGAGCUCCUCCGCGGCAAGUCCGGACGUGUCUUCGGCCAAAUGUCCGGCCUGAUGAUGACCAUCAAGGGUAUCCCAAGCACGUACAACAAGGACCUUCAGGAGGACAAGGAACCCCUCUUCGAUGCAGUCGACACCGUCUCGAGGUCAUUGCAGAUCGCCAAUGGAGUCUUGGCUACGAUGAACAUCUUCCCGGAGAAGAUGAGGGCGGCCCUCACGCCGGAUAUGCUUGCUACGGACCUUGCGGAGUACCUGGUUAGGAAGGGAAUCCCCUUCCGCGAGACGCACCACAUCUCCGGCUCAGCCGUACGCCUCUCAGAGCAGCGCAAGGUGCCCCUAUCCUCGCUCACCCUCGCCGAUCUCCAAACCCUCUCGCCCGCCUUUGAGGAGGACGUGCAGGCCGUCUGGUCCUUUGAUGAGAGUGUUGAACGACGCGACGCGACGGGCGGGACGAGCAAGAGGGCUGUGCUGGAGCAGGUGGAGCGUAUUCAGGGUGAGCUGGGCGCUGGGAAGGCGUAGAGCAGAUGAGGAGGAGGGCAGCUGGGCUUUAAAAGGGAGAGG